ACAUGUAUUUCUUAGAAAAUAAAUUAUUAACGAAAGCAAUCAAAUAGCGAUGUGAAUUUGAUACUAUACUGGAUUCAUUAAAAAAAGAAGUGUAAACUGCUGAUACUGCUGCCCAGCUACUUUGAUUGAUCUGGUAUUUUCAUUGUCCUAACAUUGAAGAGUUCUAAUAAACUAUCAUUGAUCUCAGGCUGCUACAUUAUUGGGGAUAGCGAGGUCGGCUUAGCAUCGUUUAUUUACUUGAUUCUUGUUUUAAAACUUCUGACUAACAUUGACGGUUGACAUUAUCCAGGGAUGACAUUUUUAUAUAAUAGAUAUUGCGUGGGUUUUGUUUUUUCACCUUUAAAUUAUAGGCAGUUUCACCUUCUAACCUGGAGAGUAGGAAAAGACUCGGACUGAGACAACAUUGGGACUUCACUGAGAACUAGAUUUCUACUGAAACUGAGCGUGAGAGUAACCAACAUAUUGCUGAAAGUCGAAAUGAUCUAGAUAAUAAGUAGGCCUACUAAAGUAUUCUGUUGGCCAUACCAUUCAGUAUCAAGUUUUAGAACUAGAUCUUGUCGAUUUUGUCUUGAUAGAUGAUUGUCUUGAUGCUGACUGACUGUGUCACCACAGUGUCAGUGUGUAACCUUCCUGGCUAAUCAGGAUGUAUAAUCAAUAGUCAACUGAGUCUCAUUCAUAUAAAUACUUGUUCAUGUUUCUCCUCAAUGCUCAGUCUGUUUUGUAGUCAUAAGGUCUUUACGAAAUCCCAAUUUUAUUAUGGGACAUCUUCUGAGUAAAAUUCAGUGAUAAAUCAACAACUAUGGCAAGGCGGAAGCUGUGGAAAGGGUGCUAUUUCAAGAUAUUAGUUUGUGCAACUGUAGUCUUCAUUUUUUGGACCGUUGUUGGAUACUUGUUCACUUUCCAUGAUGAGGAUUUCCCAGAAGAUGUCAUGUAUGAUGUGUUCAUCGAUGAAACUCGAGAAGAUCACAAACACAUUCCUCUGGAUCAAGAGAUCAUGGAAGAACUGAGAAAGUUAGACCUCAAGCGGCAGAAUGGUGGAGGCAGCGAGGACGGUUUACCCUUGCAAGAUCCCAGUGACCCAAUCAUAAUGUGGUGGACUGAGUUUACUAGAGAACCAGGAAUUACAAGAGACUGCGGAGAUAACAGUUGCUUUUUCACCAACAACAGAAAAUAUAGAGAUCACAAGAAUAUGAAGGUUUUCAUGUUUUAUGGAACAGAUUUCAGUCCUGAUGAUUUGCCAUUGCCUCGAGCAGACAAUCAUGAGUGGGCUUUAUUUCAUGAGGAAUCUCCCAAGAAUAACUACAUUUUGUGUCAUGAGCCUGUUAUAUCACUGUUCAACUAUACAAGUACCUUCAGGAGAGAGUCCCAUUUCCCAAUAAGUACUCAGCACCUCUUGUCCUUGGACUGGCUAUUGCAAAGCACUUAUACAAAAACUGUGGCUGAAAAGAACAGGUAUCAAGAGGAAGAAGGCUUAGCUCUGAUUGUCUAUGUGCAGUCAGACUGUGACCCACCCUCAGAUCGAGAUGAGUACGUCAAGCAACUCAUGAAACACAUCUCUGUGGACUCCUAUGGAGGCUGCCUCAACAACAGGAAGCUGCCGCAACAAAUUGCGGCUCCUUUAGAAGGAAUGGCUCACAAAGAAUUCUUUGAGCUGUUGUCUCGCUACAAGUUUGCUCUUGCUAUGGAAAAUGCUGUGUGCAAUGACUACAUGACGGAGAAAAUGUGGAGGCCACUGAUGGUUGGUGCAGUCCCCAUCAUUUUUGGAUCUUCAAAGGUUAAGG